CAACGCGCAUCACGCUCAGCCAUGCCGUUGUCCUCGUCCACCCAGCGAUGCCGCCGUCAUGUCUCGUGCUGAGAGGUUUGAGGAUGAGAAGCGCCGCAUCAUCGAGUCGUGCUUCUCCAAGCUCGACCCAAACGGGCAGCUGGCGGAGAGCUACAUCACGCACAUUCGCAUCCAGGAAGAUGGCUCGUCGCCCUCAGCUCCUCCUCCCCCCGACAGUCCACCGGAGCACAAGAAGCCUCGGCUCAUCAUAAUUGCAGUACGAUCUACAGGCCGGGUUCGCAUGCACAAGGCGCGCGAGAACAACAAUGGAAGCUUCAGCAUUGGGAAGACGUGGAACAUGGAGGAGCUGUCGUGCAUCGAAUCAUUCGCGAACCCGCCACAUCCACCACAAAGCGAGCGUGAGGCGAACCACCGUGCUUGGGCGGGCAGUGUAGGAUUUGUCGUAACUAUCUCUAAGCCCUACUACUGGCAGGCGGGGACGAGCAAGGAGAAGGACUUCUUCAUCGCAAGCGCCGUCAAGAUUUACAGGAAAUACACCAAAGGUCAGACGCCCGAGCUUCGAGGCUUCGACGAUAAGGAGAGGGCUCAAAUACUGGGUGCGUUCCCGCCGACGGCGCCAUCCUCUGCGCCAUCACAGUCGGGACAACAGUCCGCACGUACAACCGGCGACGGAUCAGUGCCGCAGCCCCCACAACCACCUUUCGCACAGCGAGAACAGAGCCGAGAUGGAAGUCGAUAUCGGGGCAGCCCAGGACCACCUCCCAGUGUAAGCGAUGGCGGCAGGCCUGGCAGCGGUCCGUCUAGUCGACGGCCCUCAGAUAGCCCAGCCCGUUUUGGUCCAGGGCCACAUGCGCCAGGUGGGCCGCGAGCCUUUGCCAGCACAGAGCAGAUUCGCCAGCCGAGUCGGGACGGCCGACCAGAAUUGCGGCCUGGGACCUCUCCUGGCCCAGGUCAUCGGCAACCAAUGCUUGGACAGCAAAACGCCCGAAAGGGCGAACAGCCACCGCCAUCACCCGGAUUCCCCCCGACGCAACCAGAGCAAUUGCCAUCGCGCCCGAAGAGUCCCGCGCAGCGUUCACUCCAACAGUCUAUCGAUGGCGCUUCCGAGGACAGAAAGUUGAGCGACACACCGUCUACAGAUGCCACGAAACGAGAAGGAGCAAGCCUCUUCCAGGCUGCACGCGAUCGUUACAUGAACUAUCAAUCGCAGACACCUGAACAGACAAGUAAGGCAAGUUCCCCACGCCGCUUGCCACAACUUGACACAAAACCUUCCACGCCAGCGCAAAACGGAUCCGCCAAGGCUCCCUCAGACCCACAGCUCCCAACUGCUGUCAGCGAAGACUCUAAUGGUAUUGACCUUGGCGAUGCGGCCGCCGUCGGAGCAUUGACGUCGUAUUGGGGACCAGGCCACUCGUCCGCCGCUGCUCCAGCUACUGCACUGGAUGCUGCACCUAGUCCCACCACCCCUGAGCGAUCGAAUCGCAGGCCUGCUGCCGAAAUCUCAAACAGUAUGGAGCUGAGACCUGCUCCUCUGCAAGCGCGACCUACCCAGGAAAGCAAUGGGUCUCACGUAGAUGCCUCUACACCUCGAGGUAAUCUCGUGGAAUCGACUCCAGAAGUGAAGCCUCUCCACGUAGGCAAGUCAGAAAUGGAUCGCUCGUUGACAGGGUCUGGCCCUAGUAUGAUGCCUUCUCCGCUGCAACCAGCACCUGGUGCCGAUCAGCUGGACUCCCCUGACGGCGACAUGGACGAGGAGCAGUACAGGCCCGGACUGGGGCCCAUGUUCAAAAAGAGGGCCAUCGCAGAUCGCUUCAAGAAGGCGGCAAACGCAGCUGGCGCGUUCAAGCCUCGUCCUGGUGGGGCAGCCGAGAGAAUAUUGAAGGCUAAAUCGGAACGAGAUGGUGAGCCAGACGGUAUCACUGGUGUCGUUCCUCGACCUCAGCCGCGGGGGAAGCCGGAUGAGAGGCCGUCGACUCCAGUGAACGGAAUAUCCGAUGAGAGCGCUUCGAGGGAGACUCCCCCACGAGUUGAAAUCAGCUCGCCAAAGUCUCCGCCCCACAUAGAGCACGAGCCUGCUGAAGAUAUCCAACGCGUUGCAGAAUCGAGCGAGCGACCUGCAAAUCAGCCAAUUCAACCCGUGGAAACGGAGGAUGAAGCAUCAAAUCCGACAAUCGAGCAACGACAAGCCCGCCAACCUCAGGUAAAGAUCAAACGGCGCAGCGCACAUCAAGAACGGUACCUUGCUGCGUUGGGCGUCGAUCGAUCACUGCUGGAAGACAAGGGACUCGAUUUUGAAAUGAUGCUGACAGAAUUUGGCUGGAACAACGACAUUCUUCGGCCGAAGCAGCUAAACAAUCUUGAAGCCGAGAUCCGACGUGAGCAGGGCCGCGUCGAAGCCGGUGCUUGGUUGUCACAUGCCGAUGCUGCACGCGAAGAGCGCGUAAAUCUCGUAGAGUCCUUGCUCGACAAGGCCAUUGCGGAGUGCGACGAGCUUGAAGGUCUCCUGACGCUGUACCAUGUCGAACUCAGUUCGCUGAACGACGACAUUGCUUACAUUGAGGCACAGUCGCAAGGUCUGCAGGUGCAGUCCGCGAACCAGAAGCUUUUGCAGUCCGAGCUCCAGACCCUCGUUGACACCAUGUCUCUCGACCGACGAGUGAUGGAGCCACUGCGUUACGGCGAUCUCGGCGACUCCACUGGCCUGGAGGAGAUUGAAUUCAGCUUGGUGAAGCUGUACCAAGCACUGCUGACUAUGGACCCCAAACUACGGUCUAACACUCAGUCUCUGCCGACAGCUCAAGCUGCGGUUGGGGAUCACGAGACGGCGGACAUGGUAGCUCUGCAGGAGAAGAAAGUCAUUUAUGAUCGGGAGACUGCUGAGUUCUGUCAACGUCUCAUGCAAUUCCUCGACUCCAGAUUCAUGACAUCGAUGAACAGCAUCAAGGGCCGUGCCCUGCGCGUAGGUGGAGGCGGGGGGCUAGCGAAGCUACACAGUGAGGUCUUCGGCGAAGUGCGCAGCGCCCUGUGGAUGUACAGCCCCAUCCUCUUGUUCACAAAGCAACUCAAUCCACCGGCUUGGUCAACGCUACUUCGCAUGUACCAACAGCGAGCAGGCCCUGUCUACAGAGACACGUUCAGAGAAAACCUGCAGAACUGGAAGCGCGCGGCGCGCACAAGCACGGGUGACGAGGUGGACAUCCUGUUCACGUCUCUUGAGAAGGAAGACCCGACUGCUGGUGGCUUGACAUCUACAGCUCGAAAGCUCACCGUGAAGCGGUCUCAGACUUUGGCUAAGACAUUCCGCAGUGCGACUGGCGACAAACAUACCACGAGCGAGCACAAGCAGCCAGGCGCCAUCAUGCGCGCUCAAGCCUUCGCUGGCGCCGUGGACGAGAUGGCGCCACUGAUCAAUCGGGAACAGAAUUUCAUCGUCGACUUCUUUCACCUCAGCUCGAUGGAAAGCAUGGACUUUAUUGACGCCGUGCAGUCAUCACCACCAGCCGCUCGACUCGGCACGAAUCUGCUGGAAAGGAAGCCCGUAGAGCCCAACCGAGAAGCAGCCGGCCUUGUCACGAGCGCAAUGCUCAAAAUUUUCGACUUUUUCCUCGCCGAAACAAAGGCCAUGCAGGACUGGGCUGUCGCAGAUGACCCAGUGCAAGCCGUUGGCGUGCUGGCCACGUUAUGUCGACAUGCAUACUACCUUCAAGACAGUAACCAAGAUUAUCUCCUCCAACUACUCGACAAUCUUGCGGAGAGUCUAAGGACUCGACUGAGCAGAUUUGUAGACGAGCAAAUUCGAGCGAUCGAGGACACGAAGGUCAAGAUCAAGAAGCGCAAGGGCGUCAUUGCUUUUAUGAAAAUCUUUCCUCAUUUCUCCGCCGCGGUGGAGAACACAUUCUCCGCAGUAGCCGGGCCCGACUACGACGGUCCUGCACCAUGCGUUGCGGAAGUGAGGAAAAUCAUCGACGAGGCGUACGAAAAGCUCAACCGAACCAUGUUUGACAGCCUGAAGGUGAUUGCCAAAGAGAGUCCGGUUGCUGGGAACACAGCCAGCAAGCAGGCGCACACCGGUACCGAUGAUCCCGAGGAUAAAGAGAUGCUCAACUACCACAUCCUUCUUAUCGAGAACAUGAACCACUACGUUGAGGAAGUCGACGAUGGCGGGCGAGACGGCGUACUCGCAGAAUGGAAAGGCAGAGCUCUAACAGAGAGAGCGGAGGCGCUGGAAGCAUAUGUGUCUCGCGUGAUUCGUCGACCUCUAGGCAAGCUUCUGGACUACUUAGAAUCCGCCGAAUCGAUCCUCGCCACGCAACAAGGGAGCGCAACAGCACUGUCCACGCGACCAUCGUAUUCGCGGAAGGCGAUGCGCACGCUACUUUCAGCGCACGAUAGCAAAGAAGUGCGACGUGGCAUCGACACACUGCGCAAGCGAAUCGACAAGCACUUUGGCGAAGCCGACGAAGAACAACUAUCCCGUGGACUGGUCACGUUUGUCUGCAAGGAAUGCGAACGCAACUACGAAUCGGUUCUAGAGCGGCUCGAGAGACUGGUCGAGGACGUUUAUCCUCGAACAGAAGGGGAGAAGGAUGUGGUUGUUGAUUUCACCAAGGCAGAUAUUCAAGCCGGUUUCAGACGAUGAAGCAUUUAACUUGCGUGUACAGUUAAGCGAUGUAUAUACCAUUCACAGACAGAGCAUUGCGGGUGUCUUGCUGUGCUUUUGUGCUAUCUCUCGGCAUCACGUCAAUCCUUGAGGGUCCACGCCUGGUUGAAAACAUAAGGUGCACGACUCCAGGACAACGCUGCAACACGCCUCACGCUGACAGGCGAGUUUCCGGCACUUACACAGCUGAUGUGGUGUACAAGCCGUUCAGCGUGACUAUUGGGUCAGACACGUUUUUUGGGCGCCAUCGCUGGGGAGCGAUACCAGGUGUAACGCUGUUGACAAAGUUGGCAGGCGUCCAAUGGCGGGAGGAUGGAGGCGAGACUGGGCGGAUUUCCUUCACGUCAUCAAGGCAGAAGGUUCAAGUUCAAUGCGAAUGCGCUCCAUGGUCGCAGUGGGCUGGCGAUAAGAUGCCUGCCUGUCUGGUUGUCUGGAUGUUUGUUGAUCUGGACGUUGUUAGUGCAAUCUGGCGUGUGGCUGCCAUGGCUGCCUGGCUGGCUGAUGGACCGUUACGAUGCACGUCACAUCGGCACCAAGCAAGCACAGAAGCAACAAUGCCGACACCAGCACGAAGUGUUCGUCCGUUACCUCCGAGGUGGACAAGAGGAAGAGAGAGCACACUCAUCAUCGA